AGAAACGCCAUAACUGGUACUAGCUUGAGAGUAUUUUUUGAUAUACUGGACUCUGUUGUUAACUGUGAAGAGCAAAAACAAAGCGUCGUCUUCACCAUCCAUCAUAGGAAACAUAGAAGAAAAAGAUGCAGAGAAUGAAAGCUUUGUUAAGAGCAAGACAUUCAUUCACUCGGAAAGUUGGGUUUUUCAGGAGCUUUUCUGCUUUACCAGACUAUGUACCAAAUAAUAAUCUUCAAGACCAGGUGUUAGUUGAAGGAAAAGCUAACUCAAGAGCGGCCAUUCUUAAUAGACCCUCUGCUCUCAAUGCUCUUAAUACUUCUAUGGUGGCUCGGCUGAAGAGAUUGUAUGAAUCAUGGGAAGAAAACCCAGAUAUUGGAUUUGUAUUAAUGAAGUUUCAAGGAGGUAGUGGCAGGGCGUUCUGCUCUGGUGCUGAUGUUGUUGCACUUUAUCAGUUGCUUAAUGAAGGGAGAGUUGAAGACUUUAAAAGCUUUUUUGAGACGCUAUAUAAGUUUGUUUACCUUCAAGGAACGUAUUUUAAGCCGCAUGUGGCUAUAUCGGAUGGUAUCACAAUGGGAUGUGGAGCUGGAAUUUCACUCCAAGGGAUGUUUCGUGUAGUAACCGAUAAAACUGUUUUAGCUCAUCCAGAAACUCAAAUGGGGUUCCAUCCUGAUGCAGGGGCUUCAUUUUAUCUGUCUCGGCUACCUGGUUAUUUAGGGGAAUAUUUAGCACUAACCGGAGAAAAGCUAAAUGGUAUAGAAAUGAUUGCUUCUGGUCUUGCAACCCACUAUAUAUUAAAUGCUAGACUUACUUUGAUUGAGGACCGCCUUGGUAAAUUGAGUACAGAUGUUCCUUCUGUCAUAGAAAAUUCUCUUGCUCAAUAUGGUGACCUCGUCUAUCCAGAUAGAGAGAGUGUUCUUCACAAGAUUGAAACAAUUGAUAAAUGUUUUAGCCAUGACACAGUUGAGGAAAUUUUUUAUGCUCUGGAAAAUGAGGCAGCCUCCUCGUAUGACGAAUGGUGUACUAAAACCCUCAAAAAAAUGAAAGAAGCGUCCCCAUUGAGCUUGAAAGUUACUUUACAAUCUAUACGAGAAGGUAGAUUCCAAUCUCUUGAUCAGUGUCUGGCACGUGAAUAUCGGAUUACUGUCAAUAGCAUCUCCAAAAAGAUCUCUAAUGACUUCUGUGAGGGUGUUCGAGCACGAUUAGUGGAUAGAGAUUUUGCUCCAAAGUGGGAUCCUCCAAGUUUAGGAGAUGUAAGUAAAGAUAUGGUUGACUGCCAUUUCUCCCCUUUUAAUGAAUUGGAGCCAGAACUGGAGCUUCCAACAGCAACGCGAGAACCUUAUUUCUGAGAUAGAUUACACAAGGAUUGAUCCGUUCUUCCAUUUUACAAUUUAUGAUCUUCCAUAUUUGAUUUUUGAAUAUAAAUCUGUUGUAAGUGCCUAGUAGCUAAAUGUGUUUAGAAAGUAGGCUCCUUGUGAUGCUGAAUAUGAUGAGCACUUAGAUAAUUUAUAUCGCAACUUUUGACCAACCCCUU